AUGGCCGUCGUCGUCGAACAAACCCUCCCCUUCAACACCAAAUCCCUCGACCUCACCUCCUCCACCCGCUGGAACACCCUCUUCCCCCUGCUCCGCCCCACGGUAAAACCCAUCCAAACCUCCAAGAACCAAACCCUCCUCGUCGACACCUCGAAAGCCUCCUCCAAAAAUCUCCACAUCAUCGCCAUUGGCUCCGCGGGAAACUUUUCUUCCAAACUCCUCGACGACAGGCACGUCACGGCCAUCGUUAGUGAACCAUCAGGUGGAGCGGGCAUCCUCACUGCACAAGAUAUCCCGCAUGCUUUGCAGUCUGCGGGCGUGGAUGUCGGUGCUGGGAUUGUGGUGGUGAGAUGUGGGAAGGAGAGGAAGCUGGAGGUUCACGAGCCGGGGGUCAUUGAAGUCACAGCCAACGGUGAGCUGGAGACGGAUCAUCUGCUACACCUGCUAGGGAAUGCCACGCCAGGUACGAAAGCGAAUCCGCACCAGACGGCGGAGCUGGUGAAGUCUUUUGUGAAGGGUACGACCUCGACGCAUUCGAAGUUUCACACGGAGAAGGCGGAUGGGAAUCCUGCUGUAUUGCAUGCUGAGGGGCCGAGUGCGUUUAAGGGGUGUAGGGAGGCUGUGGAGAAAGAUCUGAAGGUUGUUCUGAAGGCUCAUUCGGGGCAAGAAGGGGACGUGGUAUAUUCGGUGCAUUUUGGGGAUGUCAACGGGUUGAGUCGGUUGGAGAACUAUAUCAUUGUGGGGGAGAUUGCAAAAUUCUUGGACGCCCAAAACCUCCCCUACGCCCUCUCCCACAGCACCAUCCUCAACCAUACCUCCCUCGCCCGCGGCUUCUCCAUCUCCAUAGCUCCGGUCCCAACGUCGUACCUCUCCGCCUCGCCCAAACCAAAACCCCACACAGCCUCCACAGCCUCCCUCUUAGAUACCACCAAGACCCUCAGCCCCACAACCUCCAAAAUCCCAUACUCCGACGCCGAAGUCCGCAAACGCAUCGAAGCAGGCUGCAACGCCGUCAUCAAAGAAGAGCCCACCAUCACCGAAUACGACACCAUCGUCGGCGACGGUGACUGCGGCUACACCCUGCGGGACGGCGCCAAAAAAGUCCUAGACUUCAUCAAGGACAAAGACUUAACGCACCUCCCCCAAGUCGUGGCGUCCCUCGUCUCCGAACUCGAAGUCAACAUGGGCGGCACCUCCGGCGCGCUGUACUGCAUCUACCUCACCGCACUGUCCAACGCCCUCGCGACGCAGAGUUCCGUGCCGGCGGCGUUGAAGGCCGCGCUGGAGCAGCUUUGCAAGUAUACGAGGGCGCGGGUGGGCGAUCGGACGAUGAUGGAUGCGUUGAUUCCUUUUGUGGAGAGUUUGGAGGGGAGUGGGGAUGCUGGGGCCGCGUUGGAGAAGGCGGAACAGGGGGUCGAGGGCACGAAGAAGAUGGAGGCGAAGUUGGGUAGGAGUACGUAUUUGGAUGAGAGUGCGACGAGGGGCGUGCCGGAUCCCGGGGCUUAUGGGUUGUUGCUUCUUCACACGACCAACACCGGCACCAUGCCUUCCACAUACAAGAAGGAGAAGCCGUGGGACACCGACGACAUCGACAAGUGGAAAGAGGAACAGUUCACAGCAGACCAGAACCUCGGCGGCACGUUCAGCGAAGAAUCCAGCUUCGCGACUCUCUUCCCCAAAUACCGCGAAGCAUACCUCAAAGCAUCAUGGCCCUUGAUCACCCGCGCCCUCGAAAAGCAAGGCAUCGCAUGUACGCUCGACUUGGUGGAGGGUAGCAUGACGGUCAAGACCACGCGAAAGACAUACGACCCAGCCGCGAUAUUGAACGCACGAGAUUUGAUCAAGUUGCUGGCGAGAAGUGUGCCUGCGCCUCAGGCGAUCAAGAUCUUGGAAGAUGGCAUGGCUUGCGAUGUGAUAAAGGUCAGGGGUAUGGUGCGGAAUAAGGAUCGCUUCGUCAAGAGACGGCAGAGGAUACUGGGUCCGAAUGGCAGCACACUAAAGGCGCUCGAACUGCUCACGCAGACGUAUAUCCUCGUGCAGGGCAACACCGUCUCGGUCAUGGGCAGUUAUAAGAGUUUGAAGGAAGUGCGAAGAGUUGUCGAAGACUGCAUGGCCAACAUCCACCCCAUCUACCACAUCAAAGAACUCAUGAUCAAGCGCGAACUCGCCAAAGACCCGGAACUCAAAAACGAGAACUGGGACCGCUUCCUCCCGCAUUUCAAGAAGCGUAACCUUUCCAAACGCCACAAGCCUUUCAACGUCACGGACAAGAGCAAGAGGGUCUACACGCCAUUCCCGCCGCCGCAGGAGAAGAGCAAGGUGGAUCUGCAGAUCGAGAGCGGAGAGUACUUCCUCAACAACGCUGCCAAGGAGAGGGCGAAGAAGGAGAAACGGGAGGAUGCGAUGAAGGAGAACAUCGAGGAGAAGAAGAGAAAGAGGGAGGAAGCCUUCGAGGCGCCGAAGGAGGAUGGGGAGACAAAAAAGAAAAAGAAGAAGAGGAAGAGUAAAGAUGGUGAGAAGAAGGAGAAGAAAGAAAAGAAGAGGCGGAAGAGCGAGGAUGUUGAGAUGGGGGACUAA